GGCGGAUGUAGUAUGUCCGGGAUUGUAUUCAUACUACACACACAUACUGAUUAGUACGUACUGCAUCGAAUGGAGUACACACUGUUACAGUAGACGAUUUCUGAUGCAAACCUGCUGUUUUCUUACUGACACGCACCCAACUCGGAAACUAGGAGCUCAAAGGAAAUCCCGAGUUUUCCACUCGUAAUUACGACUUUGUGGAGCGUUUAUGUGCGUUCACCACUUAAAUACGAUCGGUCCGACUUGGUCGAGAAUUACGUCAUUGGGAGCUCUGACUUCCCAGUUCCAGGCAAAGAUCACUGUUCCACUGAUGGCACUGUGGAUACGGUCUCUGAUCGUGAUGGCUCUGCUGCUGCACAGGGCCUACUUGCUGGGUGUGAAUGGUGAUUGCGACCCUCUUGUGGUGGAGACAGACAGCCUCUUAGCAGAAAGAACACAGCAGCAGCAUCUGCAUGCACUUUUCCUGAAGUAUGGUGAGAAUGGAACCAUCUCAUUGUCUGGUCUGCGAAGGCUGCUUGAGGGGUUGGGAGUAGACCGCAUCAGGAGAGUUACAGUGCAACACCAUGGAAACAAACAUGACCACACACAUUCGCAUGAACACUCACUAACACAUGCACACAAACAUGCCACACACAUGCAUUCUGUUGGUAGCAAGAAGGAUGGUGAUAGUUCCAGUGUGGAGAAGAGUGAUUCAACCUCCAGUGUGCAUCCAGACUCUAUUUCCAUGAAGAAGAGCCAAUCGGAUAUUCACCACAAUCUCUACCUAAAAAGAGAUUCUGAUGCCACUGCCAUCCUGACCACACCAUCUUAUGUCACCAAAUCACGAUGGACAGAACGCAGUGCAGACUACCUCAUGGAUUCAGACUCUACCCAGCCCAAUACAACACACUUAAAUGUCACCUACUAUUCUGAGAACACAUCCACACACAGCCUGGACAACCACAAUCAUCAUGACAAGGAUAGUCCAUUAAGCUAUAACUUCAGUCAAGAGUGCCAGAAUGCCACCAUGAUUCUGCAGACACAUGGCAUGUCCCAAGAAAUGACUCUCUCUGUUAAAGACUUCAGCUUCCUUUGUCCUGCCCUCCUUGUGCAGAUUGAUUUUAAGUCCUGCCUUCUGCAUGCUGAGAACCAAUCAGAAUAUAAAGAACACUUUCACCUUCACCAUGACACAGUUAUUGGAAAAGGCCAGAAGAUUUCUUCCAUUCCUAUGUCUUGGAUUGGUGGUUUUCUCUCCAUCACAAUAAUCAGUUUGCUGGCUCUGGUGGGUGGAAUCCUAAUACCACUCAUCAACAAAGUCUGUUUUAACUUCCUGCUCAGCUUCUUGGUUGCCCUUGCAGUAGGCACACUCAGUGGAGAUGCCCUCCUGCACCUUAUCCCACAUUCUCAGGGUCACCACAAGCAACACCAUGCUGCCAGUGAGAGCUUGGAGCAUGGUCUCCAUGGUGACAGUGAAGAUUCACUUAAGUCUGUUUGGACAGGUUUGACUGCAUUGGGGGGAGUCUACAUCAUGUUCCUCAUUGAGCACUUCUUAACCCUUGCAAAAAUGUUCAAAGACAAAAAACAAAAGGUGCAGAAGAGAGCAGACUUGGCUGUUGAAAUUUUAGAUUCUCGGAAUGUGUCAGUUACGGCAGACCCUAAUGUUAAACCUCUAGAUGACUCUGAGAUGAAUGGCAGGCAUGCAUGGGGACAGGGUCUGCCAGAGGAGGAAGAAGUGAUGUUAUCUCAGGCUGGCUACACAGAUGAAGAUUGUGAGAACAAGUGCCACUCCCACUUCCACGACACUGUUGGCCAGUCAGACGAGCAGCAUCACCAUCACCACAACUACCACCAUAUUCUCCAUCACCACCACUCUCAAAACCAUCAUCCCCACACUCACACACACAGACAUACACACUCUGUCCAACAUUUCGAGAAUGCUGGGGUUGCUACCCUUGCCUGGAUGGUCAUUAUGGGGGAUGGCCUGCACAACUUUAGUGAUGGGCUGGCUAUAGGAGCAGCCUUUACGGAGGGUUUGUCUAGUGGUCUCAGCACUUCAGUCGCUGUAUUCUGCCAUGAGCUUCCUCAUGAGCUGGUGCCCCGGUCUCAGCUGAAGAGAAGCAGCCCAUAGCAUGAUACUGCCAUCACCAUGCUUCACUGUAGGUAUGGCAUUCUUUGCAACAAACAUAUCUUUUAGAAUUAUGGCCAAAAUUUACCUUGGUCUCCUCAGACCAUGAUACAUAUUGUGCAUAUGGUCUGUGUGUUUGUUUUGCAAAAUGUAGGCAGGCUUGGAUGUGGUUUUUAAAAAUAUUUAUUAAUUUAUUUAUUAAUUUAUUUAUUUAUUGAGAAAGGGCUUGUGUUUAGUCGCCCUACUCCAUAGCCAGACAUGUGAAGAAUACAUGAUUGUGGUCGCAUGCAGGGAGUGACCAGUACUUGCCAGAUAUUCCAGUAGCUCCAUUAAGGUGGAUUUAUACUUGCUGUUAACUACAUGUACACAAGAUGGUCGCUGCAUGUAUCCUGCAGGCAUUUGACGCAUCGCUUUGCUCUUCCUCUAGGCUGCACAAUUAAUCGAAUAUCGAUUACGAUUUUGACGGCCCACGAUUAUAUGAAUAUGGUCGACUGCAGUAUUUGUUUAAAGUUCGUCCUAUGCUCAUAGAAAACUCAGCUGCAUAUCAAAUCAAGCGCUUCCUAAACUUGCAGCCAGUCACCAUAGAGUGGUGCAGGGAUGAUGUCAUUUUGUAUGCCAAAACCCGGAAACGAGUUAGCAUUUUAACCCUUCAGAGCGCACUCCAGCGCUUUGCUCGAGGGGAAAUCAUGACACUAACGUGUCACUAAAUGGAACUACAGAUGUUGUUUGGGGACAUUAAACCUCAUCACACUGAACAGGAAAAAACUUUGCAGAUAAACUGGUUCAGGUGUGCUGUGCACAAUUGCCAAAAAAAAAAUGUGGAUGAAGAUUCAUCCACAGAGUAAAUCUGUAUUAUGGAAAAUGUUUUUAAAUCAAGUUUGGAAAAGUUGUCAGAACCUUGGUGAUGGUGACGUUGAAGUCGAGCGACUGUGGUGUAUUUUGUUUAUAGCAUACGGUUAGCUUUUUAUUUUUGCCGAUUGUAUUUAGGCUUCAAACUUCAUAAAAGUUGUGUUCAUUUGUGAAAAUUAUCUUGAUGGACAAAAUAUGUUAGUAUUGUAAACUUUUGUUGAUCACAGAGCUCAUUUUUUGCAAUAAUCCAAAAGCCUAUGGGAAAAUCCUAUUGGGUUUUUGUCAAGGGAACCAGUGUGAUGCUAACUUCCGGGUUCCAGUACAAAAUGAUGUCAUCCCUGCAUCACCGCUCUAUUGGGUAAUUUGGCUGCGUCUCUCCUUCUGUAAACACUGUUAUUGCCUUUUCUGCAUAGGCCUGAAUUGUUUUCAUUUGGUUGCAUAUUUUCAUUUGGUUGUUGGCGUUUUUAUUUUUACUUCUUAUAUUUUGGGUUACAAUUUUAUGUUUUGCUUCUAUGAGAUGAUUCACAUUAAGGACCAGUCUAAUUUGAUGCAAAGAUUGGUACAUUAACAGGAAUGUAGCACAACAUGGAGGUGAAAGCUGUCUGUUUAUUUAAAUGUGAAAGUGCAAUAAAAAUGUUGUCCCUCAAAUCAAUGAAUAAUCGUGAUCUCAAUAUUGAUCAAAAUAAUCGUAUCAUUUUAGCCAUAAUCGUGCAGCCCUAUCUUCCUCAGAAAUUAACGCUAUGUAUCUGUGUGGUGCAAUUCCAACAUAAUAGUAUAGCACCUUGUGACACCAUGCCCACAACUGAUUGACAUGGACUAAUUAACGUUGUGUCUCAAAUUGCAUACCCAUGUACUAUUCUAGAUCGUUAUUGUGUACUAACACUAACAGUUUUCCUAUUACUUUAAAGAACUCUCACUGACUGGAGGGUUGGAAUCCAUGUGCAAGUUUAUUAAAUCCAAAACGACAGACGGAGGGAUGGUCAAUAAACAGGCAAAGGACAAAGAUCCAAAAAUAGACAGUCCAAACUGGCAUCCAAGACAAAAACGUUAAGUGAAAAACGGGCAAAAAGGUCAUGAGUCAUUCACAAUAACAAUAGGGAAAACGCUUGGUAAGGCAAGUAUACUGGCAAUACUUUAGCGUGCUUUAGCGUGCUUGGCUCUUUAUGGCUAGCAGACAGGAAGUGACCCCCCCCCCCCAAAAAAAAACAAAAACCCAAAAAACGAAAGCCUCUGGGUGGUCAGGGUGUGUUCGGUGGAAGUCUUGGACAAUGGAAGGGUCCAGAGUGUCCCUGAAAGCUACCCAUA